GUUUUGAAAUAUCGCAGAAAAUUCAAUAUGGACGAUGAAUAACCACAAAAGCGUUGCGUAGUGUUCAUUAUUUGCGCUUUAUUCCGUUUUGUAUUUUAUUCAUUGCUUUUUUUCAUUAAGUAUUAAAAAGUCAUAUUGAUCUUGCAAUAUGUGGCAUGAAGCUCGAAGGCAAGAGCGGUUAAUCCGCGGACUUAUAGUUGAUUAUCGUCGCAGAGCUGAGCGUCGAAAAGAUUUUUAUGAGAAGAUUAAAGCAGACCCGACACAGUUUCUGCAGCUACAUGGUAGGCCUUGCAAAAUACAUCUAGAUCCAGCUGUGGCAGCUGCUGGUGAAGGUCCAGCUAUUAUGAUGCCAUGGCAAGGUGAUUCAAAUAAUAUGAUAGAUAGAUUUGAUGUGCGGGCACAUCUUGAUUAUAUACCAGAUAUUAAAACACCUGACAUCAAACCUGAGGAUCUCGGCCAAGAAGAGAGACAAUGUAACUAUGAGAGAUACAGAAUACUUGCACAAAACACUUUUCUUGGUAUAAGUGAAGAUAAGUUUCUCCAACAACUAGCCAUUGAAGAGCAGUUUGGCAUAACCAUAGAAGAAAAGGAGAUGCAAAAAGAAAAACUAAACGAGAAAAAGGGGACAGGUGUUGCCAUUGGAUACAAUUAUAAUGAUCCAGGGGCACAACCAUCUUCCUCUAAUGGCCCUGAUGAUAGCAAAGCAGAAAGCAAGGAUUCUGAUGAUGAAUCUGACUUGGAGAUCAUUGAUGUUGAUCUUAGCAUUGAUGUUAACAAGAUGGAGGCAUCUCAGGCUCACGAGUUGAAUGCAGUGGGGCCACAGUUUGGCAUGACGGGAUGCGAUCUGUUCUCGUUCUUAACUGGAGAUGCAGACGAUGCUGAACAUCAGAAACAGUUAUUGCGAGAAGAGAAAGAGAAAGCUUUGUUCUCGGGAAGAAAGAGUCGGAGGGAGAGACGCGCGCAUCGCGACAAAAGGCUGCCAACCAUACCAACAAGUCCACCAAGUUAUGCAGCUCCAAGUGUUAAAACUCACAAUGAAACGCAAUCGCCGGGGAGAUCAGUCUCUCGUUCACCAUCUCCUGAAGUCGAGAAUAUAGAGUUUAUCACCUCUUUCGGCCCUGAGGAUGAGGAAAGGCCUCCACCACUUCCAAAACCGCUAUAUUCGGAGAAACUGAAGAAAAAUUUAAAGAAAAAUCUGCUGUAUUCAGAAGUCGUACGCAAGGGUAAAUCAAGGUCAAGGUCACAGGAUAGCGACGUUCGAAUGGGACCACGGCAGCGGGAAUCGAGCUCAAGGUCCCGUUCCAUUUCACGGUCACGCUCCAAGUCGAGGUCGAAGUCGAAGUCACGGUCGCACACCUCACGGUCACGGUCACGGUCGAGAUCCCGGUCCAAAUCUUCGUCCUAUCGCCGUUCCCGUUCGAGGUCAAAGCCGCGUAGCUAUAGACUACGCUCAAGGAGCAAUUCAAAUUACGGUUCUGGCUAUGCAAAACGUAACAGGUCGAGAUCGAUGUCAUUUGAAAGCGGCGAAAAGAGUAAGCAAAAGGCAGUCCCGCGGUACUACGGUCGACGUAAAGAAGACAAGUCUUCCAGCGAGCUAUCCCUUGACUCCGAGUCCAGCGAAACUGAAAAUGUCAAGUACAAAUCGUCGGUUGGCACUAAAUCAAAGACAAACCAGAAUCAGUUACGAUUAACUGGAUCCAGCUCCAAAGGAUCUACGCGUGAAGGUCUCACUAUGAAGGAACGACUCAAAAGGAAAAUGCAAGCUCAGCUUGCAAGGCAAUUGCGCGCAGACAAGCGUGCGGAAGCGGAGCGCAUGGAGCGGGAGGUGCGCCGGCAAGCGCGCCGCGACGAAGAGAUGCGAGAACUAGCUAUUAAAUUGCGUCGCAGACAACGUGAAAUGCGGCAUCAGCAGAAUCGCAGGUCUAGCGACAGUGAGUCAGAUUCAAGCAAAAGUGCCUCUUCUUCUAGAAAUUCACCACCAAAGCGACGUCAAGAGCGCAGCAAAUCUCGCAGUAGAUCGCCAGAGAAGAGAAUACAGGUUUGGGAGUCGGACGAGCUUUCCCCCUACCGGCAGAAGUACCAAGAGAUCGAUCCGGCCAAAAGGAGAUAUCAAGAGAAUGAUGAACGUGAAGACAAUUAUAGAUAUAGAAGAGAAAGAUACAGUAGUAACAGUAGACCGCGUAGAGGUUCAUACAGAGGAGGAAGACAAGACGAAGGACGGAGAGACGAGGAAGCGGAGGGAUCUAGUCGAAAAGUCAAAUUGGUGGAUUAUUAGUAUUAGUACUGACUUGAGCCAAUACACGAGCGGGAUAAACCGGGAUAUUAAUUUAUGAGGAUGAGAAUAGUCAGGAUAAGCCACGCAAUAUAAUACUUAUGUUUACUUAAAGUGUAAAAACAAUACAGUUCAAAAUUUGUUCAUACUAGAACAGCUCGCCUAUAUAUAACAUAAGUCUUCAUAACAAGUUGCACUUUUAUGUAGACAUAUACGAGUAAUGUAAAAUUUGAUUGGGGUUCAUAUAUUUAAAUAUUCAUACACAAUGCCUUAAUCCAUUUUAGUAAAUCAAUAAUUGACUAAAUAACAGAGAACGUUACAGAACUAUUUACAGGUGAUAAGAAAUACUUUCUUUAAUAAGAUUGAAUUUGUUAUUUUCAAAUUGUAUUAUUUAAUCUGAAUCGUUUAUUAUCCAUAUCUUUACUUACGUUAAAUUAAAGUCCAAAAAAAUACACUAAACAACUCUUAAUGCGAUGCUACCAAUUCAUGUUAUUUAUAUAUUAGUAUCUAUCAUAUUUCGAAGAUGAUAAAAUUCCAAAUUUAAUAUCCAGAACGCUUCCUCUCCAAGACUUCAAUAAUGAAUAAGCAUUAAGCAGCUAUUUUGAAUAGUACUCUGUAUUAUAAUGCAAAAAAGGGCUUUAAGCCUGAAGUAUGGUAACAAAUGUGUAUGUUUAAGGAUUGUUUUCAAACUUCAUAAUUUCAUAUUUUAUUAAGAGUGCGUAUUAUUACGAUGUAUGGUUCUUAUUAAAAGUUGUAUAGAAAGUUUGCACUGAAAUUAAUUAAAGAAAAAUUUGUGGAUUUUCAUCAAAAAGCAACUUUAUAACAAUUCAUAAGAAUGUGAUUCUAUUACAUUCCGCCCAAAUAUUCGUUUAAGACGCACUCGUAACAAUAACUUAUAAAACAGUUUAACACGUUGUGUCAGUGAGUAAAUAGUUUAGAAUAAUUGUCCAUUCAUUUUAGCCAUUUUAAACCAUAAUGUUGACGAAAAAUUCACAUAUAGUGAGUUGAACUUUUAACACACCUUUAUUAUUGCGUUAUUAUAAAAAUGUGAAAAAUCUACAUCCGUAAAGUGCCGACUAAAAAUUAUAUAUUGAAGUUAUUAAAAUGAUACUGACAUAUGAUUAUUAUAAUUUUAUAUAGUUUAAUACGUAUGUGAGUGCAUUCUAGUCGCUUUCUCAAUGCUCUACUCUGAAAACAGUAAAAGAAAAAUGCAACAGACAAUUUCUCGCAUCACGAGAAUAUUUGCGGAAAAAUUAUUUUCAAGACUUGAACUUUUAACCUAUUUAGCCAGCACAUUAUCAAUGACGAUUUUUACACAUAUUAUAAGGCCGCGAAGUAAUGAAGGUGUAGAUAUAUAUUCAGCUUUCUAGGAAUUUUUCUGCAGAUAAUACCUGAACUGGCUGGAUUAUAAGGCAAUAAAACAUUUAUUAUAAAAA